AUGGGUUUCACCGAUUUUGUCUCCGACAGCGGCCUCACCAUCCUCAACAACUGGCUCCAGACUCGCUCAUACAUCUCUGGAUACUCCCCAUCUCAAGCCGAUGUCGUGAGUUUCAAGGCCUUGAAAGAGCAACCUGCUGUGGAGAAAUACCCCCAUGCCUACCGCUGGUACAACCAUGUCAAGUCCUACGACGCCGACUUCUCCACACUGCCAGGCGAUCCUUCGAAGCCCUUCACCACCUACGGUCCAGAGGAAGUCGCAGUAACACACAACCCGAAGGAUGCGCCCGAGGCUGAGGAUGAGGAUGAGGUCGAUCUUUUCGGCUCUGACGACGAGGAGGAAGACCCCGAGGUCGUCGCCGAGCGAGAGAAGAGACUGGCGGAGUACAAGAAGAAGAAGGAAGGCAAGACGAAGCCCGCCGCCAAAUCCAUUGUCACCUUGGAUGUGAAGCCUUGGGACGACGAGACGGAUAUGGACGAGCUGGUCGCAAACGUGCUGAAGAUCGAGAUGGACGGCCUUGUCUGGGGUGCGAACAAGCUUGUCCCUGUCGGAUUCGGUAUCAAGAAGAUGCAGGUCAACUUGGUCGUCGAAGACGAGAAGGUGUCUCUGGACGAGUUGCAGCAACUGAUCGAGGAGGACGAGGAUCAUGUCCAGUCCACCGACGUCGUGGCUAUGCAGAAGUUGUGA